AUGACAGAUAUGGGAGAGCUACAGUAUUAUGUCGGAGUCAGCGUUGUCCAGGAUAAACAGAAUAACCGACUAUGGCUACACCAGAGACGGUACAUUAACAAAAUAGUCGUAAAGUUUGGACAAGCUGAAGCUAAAACGGUCGCAACGCCUGCUGACGUGAAUGUCAAGUUAAUCAAAGAAGACGGAGUCAGUAAACUAGUUGAUCCAACGCAAUACCAGUCCAUCAUCGGAAGUUUACUUUAUCUUGCAGUCGCCACUCGUCCAGAUAUUGCAUAUGCAGUGGGAGUUUUGUCAAAAUUUUGUGCUAAACCGUCGGAAGCACAUCUAACUGCUGCUAAACGAGUUCUACGAUAUUUGAAAGGAACUGAAAAUCUUGGACUAGAACUUAUUGUUUAA